GAAUAACUUGUCAAACUUGUGUUUGUUGCUUACUACAUUAAUGGCCAUAUUUGAUCGAUUGAAAUCAAUCAAGUACCACGUGGAAUCAUCAAGGAUCACAUGUAUAUAAGCUUUGCUAAUCAUUCCAAGUUUCCAACACAAUAUUAACAAACCGGAAUAACAAGAAGCUAAGGCUUAGUUAGCUGGAGAUACAUGGAGAAAGGAAGUGUUUGUGUAACCGGAGGCACGGGGUAUUUAGCAUCAUGGUUGAUCGAAAGGUUGCUUCAACACGGAUAUUUUGUAAAUACUACUGUUAGAUCAUCAUCUACUUCAUCAGGUACAAAGAGAGAUGUAACCUACCUCACAAAUCUACCUGGAGCAUCACAGAGGCUCAAAAUUUUUGAUGCAGAUUUAAACAACCCUGAGACCUUCAAUGAACCAAUCAAAGGUUGUAUUGGUGUUUUUCAUGUUGCCCAUCCGAUGGAUUUGGGCAACAAAGAAAGUACGGAAGUGAUAACUGAAAAAAUAAUCAAAGCAAGUUUGGGCAUUUUACAAGCAUGUAUUGAUUCAAAGACAGUAAAGAAAGUCGUGUACACGUCUAGUGUAUCUGCCGUCUUGUUCAAUGGGAGAAAACACACUGAGGCCGUAGACGAGGAAUGUUGGAGCGACGUGGAUUAUAUCCGUAGUAAUUUGGAAUUUGGAGCUUGGUAUCAUAUCUCAAAGACACUUACUGAGAAAGCAAUCAUAGAGUUUGCUGAGAAACAAGGAUUGGACCUCACGACGGUCCUUCCCUCAUUUAUCCACGGUCCAUUUCUCGGUCCCAAAUGCCCACAUUCUGUGCAUGAUGUAAUGGCUAUGAUCUUUGGGGACACUCACAUGUAUGGAUUGCUAUCAAGAGCAUCAUUUGUGCAUGUUGAUGAUGUGGCCAGCGCACACAUUCAUAUUUUUGAGGAUCCAAAGGCUAAAGGGAGGUAUAUUUGUUCGAAAAUUGAAGUACCAAUUGAGGAAUUGUACAAGAUACUAUCCACCAGAUAUCCGGAAUAUAAAAUACCAAGUAUUGACUUUAUGAAGUCAGAAGAUAUGGAGAAGAUGAUGUAUCCUAGCGUCUCAUCGAAAAAACUCUUGGACACUGGAUUCCAAUUCAAGUAUGGGAUUGAAGAAAUGUUUGAUGAUGCAAUUGAUUGUUGUAAGCGAAACAACAUAUUGUAAUAUUGAAGCUUUGUGUGGCGAUAUCUAGUUAGCUACAAGUAAAGCAUCUUUCUGUUUUAAGUGUGAAGUUGAAACACUUUUUGAUCUUCCA